CUGUGAUAAGGCAACACGAUCUUGCAUUUUUGUUAUUUCCGCCGAUAUCGAGCAUAAAUAUGUCAUCUUCAAGUAACAACAUUCCAAAGUCCACCGCUCAGUGGGUUGUCCGCCGUACCGACGCUGGAUUCGAUGGGUUGGAGUUGGAGACGAAAGAGAUCCCUUCCUUGGGAACUCACGACGUCCUCGUCAAGAUGAAGGCUGCGUCGUUGAACUUCCGGGAUCUGAUUAUCUUGAUGGGGUCGUAUCCGUUUCCCAUUUCUUCUGGAGUUGUGCCCGCUUCCGAUGGAGCUGGUGAAGUCGUUGCCAUAGGGCCCCAGGUCAAGCAUCUCAAGGAGGGCGAUAGAGUCGCGACCUUGUUUAAUCAGGGACAUCAGUAUGGCGCUCUAGAUAGUGAGUCUAUUAUGACUGGUCUCGGAGGUGCGCUUGACGGAGCACUGAGGGAGUAUGGCGUUUUCCAUGAGCAGGGGCUAGUUCCUUUGCCUAAGGGACUGACAUUCGAAGAGGGUGCUACGCUCCCUUGUGCUGCUGUUACUGCCUGGAACGCUCUGAACGGGUUGAAGGUCUUGAAGCCGGGACAAUGUGUCUUGGUUCAGGGAACCGGUGGUGUCAGUGUCUUUGCCCUCCAGUUCGCUAAAGCCGCCGGUGCCUUCGUCGUGGCAACCACGUCCAGCGCUGAGAAGGUCAAGAUACUCAAAGAGCACGGAGCAGACGUCGUGAUAAAUUACAAGGAAACCCCCAACUGGGGUGAGGAGGCACGAAAGCAUACACGCAACAACGCUGGUUUCGACCACAUCGUUGAAGUCGGCGGACCCUACACCCUCCCCCAAUCGCUUGCCGCGAUCAAGUAUGAGGGAAUUAUUAGUAUGAUUGGAUUCGUAGCGCAGAAGCAGACCACCGAGGACAUCUCACUUAUGCAGUCCCUGUUCAAGGGUUGCACUGUCCGUGGUGUCAUGGUUGGGAGCAGGGACAUGAUGUUAGAGAUGGGUGCCGCGAUCGAGGCCAACGGGAUUAAGCCUAUUAUGGACAAGAAGACGUUCAGCUUCAAGGAGGCAAAGGAUGCGUACAUGUACCAGUGGGAGCAGAAGCACAUUGGUAAGCAGCUUUACCUCCGUUUCUGUCGUACCAAUUACCACCGCGUCGCAGAGUGCUAAUUGAUACCGCGAAUUAGGCAAGGUUGUGAUCAAGAUCGACGAGUAAAGCCGGAGGUGUCCUACGACUACUUUUUCUUAGCACAAUUUCCCUAUUGGUUUUGUCCAAGGUUGUCCGUAUCCAGAAACACAAUCUGAUAGAAAAUGAAUAAAAGAGAUUAUGGACACUGUCCAAUUCCAA